AUGGGAAACUCCCAGGGGAGACAGGUCGCCUCCGACAAUGAGGUGAACUUGAACCAGUUCAGGCUGCUUCGAGUUGUCGGGAAAGGCGCUUUUGGCAAAGUCCGCAUUGUUGAGAAGAAGGACACGGGCUUGACAUUUGCGUUGAAGUAUAUCCGAAAAGAAGAAGUUGUCCGUUCGGAGAGCGUGCGAAAUAUCAUUCGUGAACGUCGAAUGCUCGAGCAUCUCAAUCAUCCCCUCCUCUGCAACUUGCGAUACAGUUUUCAGGACAUAGAGUACAUUUACAUUGUGGUGGAUUUAAUGAAUGGUGGUGAUCUGCGAUUCCACAUCUCCCGAAAAUGCUUCACGGAAGAAGCAGUGCGAUUUUGGCUCGCUGAGCUCGGCUGCGCUUUACGAUACAUUCACUCGCAAGGCAUCAUCCAUCGAGACGUCAAGCCGGACAAUGUGCUAUUAGACUCAGAAGGACACGUUCAUCUUGCAGAUUUUAACGUGGCGUCCGACUUUCGACCAGGAAAACCUCUCACGAGUAAAUCAGGUACGCUAGCGUAUCUUGCUCCGGAGGUGUACGAAGGUGGAGGAUAUUAUUUCGAAGUCGACUGGUGGUCGUUGGGGGUUACCUUUUAUGAGUGCAUCUACAACAAGAGACCCUUUGAGGGCCGGUCUCAGGACACGCUCAGCGAAAACAUCAAGAAAGCGCAACCGAAAUACUACGUCACCAACCCCGCCGUCUCUAUCCCUUGCUUGCGAGCCAUGUCGGCAUUGAUGGAGAAGGACCGUAGCAGACGAAUUGGCGCUGUCAGCUUUGAGAGUUUCACCUCGCACCCGUUCUGGGCGGACAUUGACUUUGAGGCUUUGGAACGAAAAGAAGUGCCGCCAGUGUUCCGCCCAUCUAGCGAAAAGACGAACUUUGAUGCUACGUACGACCUGGAGGAACUGCUUCUGGAGGAAGCUCCGCUCGAGGCUAGAGCGCGAAGACAGAAGCCAAGAGCCGAAUUGAGGGAGGAUGCGACUGCAAAGGAGAUUCGUGAGGACGAGCUCCACCGAUUGAUCGAAACAAUGUUUGAGCCGUUCGAUUACACGGCUGUGAGUUACCAAGGAAAUGCCGCUGAAGCGAUUGCGUCCGCCGCGAACCCUGAAGAUUGUAUUCAGACCGCAGCCUCAUCAACGCAUUCACGACACUACUCUCAGCCUGAUUCGACUCGAGGCUCUCCCGCCCGUACGGAAGGGUCGCCCUCUCGCUUGACGCUCCCCGACAACCAGUCUUCCAUUGGUGUGGCCUUGGAAGGCACAACUAGCCAGCCUUUGAGCCCCGCAUCACAAACACCGCCAGCUGCCUCUGCUCCCAACUUUGCCCGUCCUUUCGUUCCACCGGCCGCAGCACGAGCUCGGCCGACGGCUCGUAAGACUAGCAAGGGAGGUGGUGUGCAGAUGGUUCUUGAGGAAGCGGGCAGCUGGAGCGAGCUUGCCGAUCAAAGCUCCACCCUUCCCGCCGAAGGGUAUGAUGCUGGCAGCAAAGGAAAGUCUAGCAACAGCGGCAUGCUUUCUUUCCUGAGCCGCAAGAAGGGACGUGACAGGAGUCCGAAGCCGCAGGAACCCGGUGUUCUUGGCAAGGAAGGCGCCCGACAGAUUAUCAGCUGA